GUGUCCCACAAGAGUGUCCUACAAGAGUGUCAUUUGGACAUAUGUAGCUUUUUGAACGUGUUUGCAUUCGGGUUCGUGGGCUCCAUCUUGUUUUCUUCUUGGUUUUUUCACUGAGUGUCCACUAAACAUGUUGGCCAAUGAACAUCAAGUCAAUACCUGUCACAAAAAGAUCAUCAAUAUGUAAACAACACAUACCAACAGGCUAUUCUUAAAGUUGCUACAACGUGCUCCAACAACUCCCAAAGGGCAUUCUACGUGCCUGUGCCUGGUGUGUUUUUGUUGUGGAGUGUUCAGAUGAAGAAGUCAUGCAGAACUCAAAAUAUGUUUCUGGGCGGGUUAUCCUGUUGGUACCCACAAUGGGCCACUUAGUUGGUGUGCCUGGCAGAUGUAUUCAGGUUGCAGAAACGACUGCGCAGGCCUGUUCUUGCCUUUUGAACUGCAGGUGACGAAGACGAAUUUGUAGUCAUUUGCUUAGCUGCUCAGACUCAUACCAAAGUCUGUCACAACCUUGCUUGAUUUGGCUGCAAUGUAUCCGUGGAGGCAAGUGUUGGUCAGCUCGUGAAUGAAGUUUGUGGUAUGGGUUUUGCCCUUGGGAAGGUUCGACUAGGUGAAUGCUUCGGGCGAAUGCUCACGCUGGCUUGCGAUCAUCGGGUGAAGCUGGAAACCAGCUUUGUGACGGUGGCGACAAGCAUCAUUGUUCUCGAGGGUGUGGGUCGUCAGCUCAACCCCAUCGCUGAUUUGGCCGCAGCUGCGAGGCCUUUGCUUGCAGAGGCGGUUGCCAAUGUGUGGCGGAGCAGUUGAAUUGCAAGCGGGUACAAAGCACGCCCUGUCUGGAAAAA